GGACGUCAUCGAGCAAAAUUAAUUCUCCAAAUCUCGAAUCGCAUUCUCCGAGCGACGAGCAGAGACGCUCUUAGGGUUUCGGGAGGGACGAGCUCUUAAGGCGGUCGACGAUGGCGAUGGCGGCUCUCAGAAGGGAGGGGAGGCGGCUUCUCCUCUCCCCCGUCUCCUACAACUCCUCCGUCGCUGCCCGAUCCGCGAUUCUCUCUGACAGUGAGUUGGGGCCAAUGGGGGCACGCUCAGUUUCUACUCAAGCAGUCAGAAAUCGGAUGAAGAGUGUUAAGAACAUUCAAAAGAUUACCAAGGCAAUGAAAAUGGUGGCAGCAUCAAAGCUUCGAGCUGUUCAAGUCAGAACUGAGAACUCCCGUGGGAUUUGGCAGCCAUUUACUGCACUUCUUGGAGAUAACCCAAGUGUGGAUGUGAAGAAGAAUGUUAUUGUGGCUAUUACAUCUGACAAGGGGCUCUGCGGAGGCAUCAACUCCACAUCAGUCAAAGUCAGCAAGGCUCUCUAUAAGUUGACUUCUGGUCCAGAAAAGGAAACUAAAUAUGUCGUAUUGGGAGAGAAAGGGAAGGUUCAAUUGGUGCGUGACUCAAAAAAUAGCAUUGAGAUGAACAUCACUGAGUUGCAAAAGAAUCCUCUCAAUUACACUCAGGUUUCUGUUCUUGCUGAUGAUAUCUUGAAGAACAUGGAGUAUGAUGCUCUGAGGAUUAUUUAUAACAAGUUCCAGUCUGUUGUGUCAUUUCUGCCAACUGUUUCAACAAUACUUUCCCCUGAGACUGUGGAGAAAGAGUCGGAAGCGGGAGGGAAGCUUGGGAGUUUGGACUUCUAUGAAAUUGAAGGAGGUGACACCAAAGCUGAAGUGCUGCAGAAUCUUGCAGAAUUCCAAUUUUCUUGUGUUCUAUUUAAUGCAGUCCUGGAAAAUGCUUGUAGUGAGCUGGGAGCACGUAUGUCAGCCAUGGACAGCUCCAGUAGGAAUGCUGGUGAAAUGCUUGACCGUCUUACACUGACAUACAACAGGACUCGGCAAGCUUCAAUUACGACAGAGCUGAUAGAGAUCAUCUCAGGAGCUUCAGCUCUUACGGGUUAAGAUUGAAGGUUGAGAAAUUUGCUUUUAUGCCGUGCAUCUUUUUUUUCAGACAGCCUUCUAUGUCGUCUGUAAUAAAUGAUUGACGAAUUUGGAUUGCCUGGAAAUGGGCACCAUUCUCUUGUUUUUUAUGAUUGACCUUCCUGUUCUGAAACAACGUUGGAUAUAACAUAUUUUCUUUAAUACUGCCUUUGGUGUGCCUCAGGCCUUUUAUUCCGAUUAUGUUCGACAAUAAAGAUUGGAAUUGCUCUGUUGUAUUGAA